AUUUCAUCAGCGUUUGGCGUGUAACAACCGUCAAACUUUCGCGCCAAAACGACAGGCUCCAGAGUAUGAACUUGGCCUCUUCAAUUGGUCUCUCCACGAAGCCAAAUCUCUCUUAUUUCCACUCUCUGUUUAAACACUACGCAGAAACCAAAAAUUCGAGACGGGUACUCCUUAUUUUCCGUGAAUUGUUGGAGUACAACGAGAAACCCAAUGAAACCACUUUCGCUUUACUAGUGAAAUCAUGUUCUUGUUCCUCUUCGUUUGGAUUAAAUUCAUUUGAAGCAAAUCAGGUUCAUACCCACUUGAUAAAAUCUGGUGCUGACCAAUUCACACACCUGAGUACUGCUUAUCUUGAUUUCUACUUGAAGUUGGGAUGCUUUGCGGCUGCACAACGCCUGUUUGAUGAUAUGCACGAGAGAGAUGUUGUAUCUUGGAAUGCUUUGAUUUGUGGAUUUUCGCGAAAUGGGUGUCACUUUGAUGCGUUGUAUCUCUUUGUUCAGAUGCUUAGAGAGGGAUUUAGUCCUUGUCCGACAACUUUGGUUAGUAUGGUUCCGUCCUGCGGGAGGCGUGAGUUGAUUUUUCAGGGGAAGACUGUUCAUGGGUUUGGAAUUAAGACCGGCCUUGGUUUGAAUUCUCAGGUGAAGAAUGCGCUUACCUCUAUGUAUGCGAAAUGUGCGGAUUUGGGAGCGGCGGAAUGCUUGUUUGAAGAGAUAGUCGGUAAGAGUGUGGUUUCUUGGAAUACCAUGAUUGGGGCCUUUGGUCAAAAUGGUUUCUUUGGCAAAGCAAUGCUUGUCUUUAAACAAAUGAGGAAGGGAAAUGUGGAAGCAAAUCCAGUGACCAUGGUGUGCCUUCUCGCAGCAAAUGCUAAUCCAGAUUCCACCCAUUCUCAUGCUGUUAAAACCAGUCUUAUCAAUGAUUUCUCUGUUGUUACUUCGCUAGUUUGUGAAUAUGCUAGACGUGGGAAUUCAAAAUCAGCAGAACGGCUUUACAUGUCAUUUCCCCAAAAAAACUUGGUUGCCGUAACUGCAAUUAUACAAAGCCACACGGAGAAAGGUAACAUGUUAUCUGCUAUGGAAUGUUUUGCUCGAAUUCAACAGUCAAACAUGAAACCAGAUGCAGUUACUAUGGUUAGCAUCCUUCAUGGAAUUACAGACCCAGCUCAAUUUGGCAUUGGGCUCCUUUUUCACGGUUAUGGAUUCAAGACCGGGUUAAGUGUUGAGAACUUAGUUGCAAAUGCACUGAUAAGCAUGUACUCGAGGUUUGAUCGCGUGGAAGCAGCUUUUUCUCUGUUUUUUGACAUGCGCGAAAAGCCAUUGAUUAGUUGGAACUCUUUGAUUUCUGGCUGUGUACAGGGUGGAAGGUCAAGUGAUGCUUUUCAGUUGUUCUGUCAAAUGAAGCUGUCUGGACAUGAUCCAGAUGCCAUCACAAUUGCUAGCUUACUAUCUGGGUGUGGCCAACUUGGAUACUUGCAAUUUGGGGAGAGGCUUCAUAGCUAUAUUCUGAGAAACAAUCUCGACAUUGAAAAUUUCGUUGGAACGGCUCUAAUAGACAUGUACACCAAAUGUGGAAGAAUAGAGUGUGCCGAAAGGGUGUUUAAGAGUAUCAAAGAGCUAUGUUUGGCAACAUGGAACUCGAUGAUUUCAGGCUAUAGUUUAUAUGGCUUAGAACACAAGGCUCUCUCUUGCUUCUCAGAAAUGCGGAAACAAGGACUAUAUCCAGAUCACAUCACUUUCUUGGGUGUUUUAGCUGCUUGUACACAUGGGGGCCUUGUUGAAGAAGGAAGAAAAUACUUUGAAAUAAUGAGGAAGGAAUUCAAGAUGGUGCCAAGGCUGCAACACUAUGCCUGCAUGGUGGGACUCUUAGGCCGUGCGGGCUUGUUUGAGGAGGCACUUAUUUUGAUAAAAGAUAUGGAGGUAGAACCUGAUUUUGCUGUGUGGGGAGCUUUGCUUAAUGCUUGUUGCAUCAACCAAGAAGUGAAGCUUGGGGAAUAUUUGGCCAAGAAGUUGUUUUUGUUGGACCAUACAAGUGGUGGGUUUUAUGUGUUGAUGUCAAAGCUUUAUGCGACAAAAGGAAGGUGGGAUGAUGUAGCCAAGGUUAGGGAGAUGAUGAGAGAAACUGGUGGAGAUGGCUGCUCGGGUAUUAGCGUUAUUCAGAUGACUUCAUUUGAAGAAAAUUUAUUGAGUGAAGCCAGUUUGAAAUCAAGUCUUUGGUAGCGUUUGUUUCUCUUCUCAAUUAAUUGUUAGUUAUGAUUUUAUUUACUUUUUC